AUGACAGACGGGACCGUCGUUGCGCAGCUUCCACUUCUGUCUCGCAUAUACCAUGGCGCUUCCAUAGCCGCAGUCCAGGGCUUUAUGGCUUCAAUGCGAAUCUACGAGCAGUGGCACUCGUGGUAUUAUGCGACCGAUCUCAAUCCGCCGAGCAUCGUGAAGACCUACGAGUGUCGACCCAGUUUGCCUAUCAGAACCUUCUUCCCGGAAUCCUACGAUCAGACCGCUCCGCAGACUCUGCCCAUGCUCUUCAGCAUCCAUGGCGGGGGCUUCUGCAUCGGGGACCCCCAAGAUGACGACGCGUGGAACGUGAGCUUCGCCAACGCCCACGACAUCCUCGUAGUCGCCCUCAACUACCGCAAGGCGCCGUUCUACCCCUUCCCGACCGCUAUACACGACCUCGAAGCCCUAAUGCUAGCCGUAUACGACGACGAAAGCCUACCCAUAAACAAAAGCCGCAUUGCAGUCGGAGGCUUCUCGGCCGGUGGAAACCUGACGCUCAGCGUGUGCCAACUACCCUCGAUACGCGAGAAGGUCAAGCCAACCGCCGCGCUGUCUAUCUACUCCGUCGUAGACCAGAGCAUACCGUCGGAAGAAAAGGUCAAAAUGCGCUACUACAAGCCGAACCUCGGCCCCGGGCUGCGGUCCAGCCCAACAGAUUUCCUCGCGCGCUUCGCCCCGACGUUCACAUGGAGCUAUGUUCCCGUGGGGGAGGACCUCCAGAAUCCUCUCGUAUCCCCCUCCUUUGCGCCGCCCGAGACGCUGCCGCUGUAUAUAUUCAUCCUCGCCGCUGAGCUGGACCAGCUGGCACCCGAGGCGUGGCGGAUGGCGAGCAAGUGGGCAGGGCGGCCGGUACCCCCGCUUACUGAGAAGGUCGGGCAGGAGCAGCCAGCAAGCGAGAAAGGGGGCCUCGUACUCGACGAUGAGAGGUUCGUAUUCGAGCACAUUGGCGGGGAUGGCAAGAGCAGCGUGCGCUGGCUGUUGGUACCCGAUCAACUCCACGGUUUCGACCAUCUUCCGCCGCACGUUCACGGCAGCGAGGAAGCGUUCCAAGACGCUCAGUUGAAGACAAAGAAAUAUCAGGAACUAUUAGGAGAUUGGCUGCAUAAGGUAGUCUGGAAAGCUUAG